UUCAUUAAAGGGUGUGUUAGGUUAGCCAAUUGAACGGAGGCCCAGAAAACCCUAAUGAUGGCUGCACUUAACGUUGAUGAGAAACCCGAGGCCUGUGCUUUGAGGGCAAGUGUUGGGAGUGUCACUGCGGCGGGGGACAUCACCCGUGGGUACCCGGGUCGGGUCAUCACCAGUGACCUUACCGCUGCCGUCCCAAGGAAGAAAAGGAUGGCCAGACAGAGGAGAUCAUCUUCCACCAUCAAGCAGCUCCUCUCUUUUACAAAUUAUGCCAGCGGCAGCACCACCACCAACUCGCACGUGCCAUCCUCCACUCCUCAUCAACCAACUCCUUCCGCACGUGUUAUUGAUCCAAGGAGAUUGAAAUUCCUUUUCCAAAAGGAACUUAAGAACAGUGAUGUAAGCCCCCUGAGAAGAAUGAUUCUCCCAAAGAAAGCCGCAGAGGCACAUUUACCUGUCCUUGAUUCUAAAGAUGGGAUUCUUAUUAGCAUGGAUGACAUGGAUGGCCUGCAUGUUUGGAGAUUCAAAUACAGGUUUUGGCCUAAUAACAACAGCCGGAUGUAUGUACUUGAAAAUACCGGGGAAUUCGUUAGCACGCAUGGCUUGCAACUCGGAGACUUUAUCAUGGUGUACCAAGAUAGUCAAAAUCAAAAUUAUGUGAUCCAGGCAAAAAAGGCGUCCGAGCAGGAAGUUUAUACUGAUCUAGCACGGAUAAAUGGCGUGAACGACCUAUUUCUCCACGAUUACGAGGUUAGUAAAUCCAGCUCCUACUAUUAUCCUACAAUGGAUGACUGCGCCGCAUCGUUUAUCUAUGAGACGACCUUCUCAUCCAACGACUCUCCGCUUGACUUCCUGGGAGGAUCCAUGACGACCAACUAUUCAAGGGUGGAAAGCUUUGGAUCAGUUGAGAACUUGUCACUUGAUGACUUCUAUUAAUAGAAAUCCCUCAUCUACACUGGUCAGGCCAGUUUGUGUGUUAUUUUGUUGAAAACCAAUAGGCAAACUGUCACCCCCUCUUUCCCCUUUUUUAUUACUUAACUAUAAAAGGGAUAUGAUGUGAUCAGUUGUGUUGUUGUGCCUUUUGGAUAUGCUGCACCAUGCAUGUGUAUGUAAUGCACUAACAAAAUAAAUUAAUUAAUAUUCC